CGGGGCCGCCCGGGGCCGCCCGGGGCACGGACACCGCGCUCGGGGCCGCCCGGGGCUCCUCCAUGGGCGGGCGGCAGCGCGCCGCGCCGCCCCGGGCCUGGUGAGGCGGCGGCACCGCGGGAGAGAUGUUCGUGCAGGAGGAGAAGAUCUUCGCGGGGAAGGUGCUGAGGGUCCAUGUGUGCACCAUGGAGGGCGCGGAGUGGCUGGAGGAGGUGCCCGAGGACACCACGGUGGAGAAGCUCAAGGAGCGGUGCCUGAAGCACUGUGUCCCCGGGAGCUUGGAGGAUCCCAAAACUGUGACACAUCACAAGCUGAUCCAUGCCACUUCUGAGAAGGUGCUGACAGACACAAAAACAGUGUUGGAGGAAAAUAUUCAAGAUCGAGAUGUGUUGCUUUUGAUCAAGAAACGUGCACCACCUCCACUCCCCAAAAUGGCAGAUGUGUCUGCAGAGGAGAAGAGGAAGCAGGAGCAGAAGGCUCCUGACAAGGAUGCCAUUCUCAAAGCCACUGCCAACCUGCCCUCCCGCAGCGCCGACCGCACCGUGGCCCAUCACAGCAUGAGGGAUUUUCCUUUCUUGCAGUUCCAGACAGAGCUCCGGAAGAUCUUGGUGUCUCUCAUAGAAGUUGCACAGAAAUUGUUAGCACUGAACCCGGAUGCAGUUGAACUAUUUAAGAAGGCAAAUGCCAUGCUGGAUGAGGAUGAGGAGGACAGAGUGGAUGAAAUAGCUCUGAGACAGCUCACAGAGAUGGGCUUCCCAGAGAGCAGAGCUGUCAAGGCCCUCCGGUUAAAUCACAUGUCGGUGACCCAGGCCAUGGAGUGGUUGAUAGAACACGCAGAUGACCCUUCAGUGGAUGCUCCCCUGCCAGGCCAGACUCCUGCAGAAGCCACAGCUGAAGCUGCUGCCUCCUCUGCUGAGGCAGCUGCGGGUCCCAGCUCGGAGGAGGGAGGGGAAGAGGCCAAGGAUGAGCUGACGGAAAUAUUCAAGAAGAUCCGGAGGAAAAGAGAGUUCCGUCCGGACCCACGGGCUGUCAUUGCCCUGAUGGAGAUGGGAUUCGAUGAGAAGGAAGUGGUGGAUGCGCUCAGAGUAAACAACAACCAGCAAAACGCAGCCUGUGAGUGGCUGCUGGGAGACAGGAAACCUUCUCCAGAGGACUUAGACAAGGGCAUUGACACCAACAGCCCUCUCUUCCAAGCCAUCUUAGAAAACCCAGUGGUACAGUUGGGGCUCACCAACCCUAAAACUCUACUAGCCUUUGAGGAUAUGCUUGAAAACCCCUUGAACAGCACCCAGUGGAUGAACGACCCCGAAACCGGGCCGGUGAUGUUACAGAUCUCCCGCAUCUUCCAGACGCUCAACCGCACGUAGAGGGGGUUCCCAGUGCACUGUGCCACUUCCUCCUGCCCCUCACUCCGUGGAAAUCUGGGAGCUGGGGGGCAGCUGGAAGGGGAAGGGAGGCGAGGGGGAGAUCCUGAGGUGGGGUCUCUCCCCCCCAAGAGCUUUUGUAGUUGCGGCCAACUGGAGUGAGUUGCCUUGUGGAUUUAGUGUUAGUGGAAGAGGUUUGAAGGCUUGUUUCUGUUUUCAGGUAUUAGGUUUAAAAUAAAGUAUAUCAGAAAAAGAAAAAAAAAAACCAAACACAAAAAACACACAAAAAAAUAGGAAAAGGUUUUGUGAAAACACUUCAGAAUCUGAUUGUUGGAAAGAAAGACGAUCCUGCUCGUUACAAAGGCCUGUGACAGUAGUUUUCUAGCCAGCUUUGCUAGGGCCUGGCUAGUGUUUACAAAAGGUCACUGACCACUGGCAUAGGAUAUUAAUCAUCUCCAUACAGUAUUAAUUUAUGGCUUGAUCAAAUUGCAAAUCUGCUUUUAUGGGUUUUUUUAAGGUAAAAAAAAAAGAAUAAAUCGAUUUUAGGAAACGUUGUUUUUAAAAGCCCAAAAUCUUGGGAGAGCAAGCACAUUUCUGUCCAAAGUUGUUUAAUUUAAACAGAAUCAUUCAGAGGUGGAAAUCUAAGAAGUAGCAUUACUUUUUCCUAUUUAUUUGCUGCAUCAGUGUUGUUGCAGUCCCACAGGGGUUGUCCUUGCAGGAGCUUCUCUGGCAGGUACCACAAAGGUGCAGCUUCUCUCUCACCACAGAAAUCACCACAGCAAGACUUGAAUUUCCCACGUGGCUGCAGUUCCUGAGCUCAUACUCUGCCAUAUCCCAUUGCAAGGGGAGGGGGGGAUGUGAUCACAUAGUGGGGUUUUGCCCCAUUUUUUACGUGCACAGUUUUGGAAAGGGACUUUUAUUGGGGUUUUUAUUCUGUUUACAAAGAAGCAGCUGAUUUGCAUGGGGGGGGUGGGGGGAGUUGUUGAUCUGUAAAGCAGCAGAGCCACGUAGGUUUUUAUCUUGUUUAAGGCAUUUAAAGCAUGCUUGAAAUUGUUAUCUUUGGAGUUAGAAGUGGGGGUUUCUUUAUGCUUAUUUUUGCCAUGGCCAUACCAAGAAUGUCAGGCUGGGUUUUUCCUACUUUGCCAGAAAGAUUGACUCGAGGUUUGAGAGAGGAAUUCUGAGCUUUGAAGAGCAGAAAUGGGAAUAUCCACCACUGGGAUUUUACAACUGGGCUCUGCAGGUGUUACUUUUUAACAGUCUGCUAAAAAAAAAAAAAAAGGGCUUUAUUUCCAACUUAAAUGACAUCUGCCAUCAUCCCUGCCAGGUCCUGUGCUUCACAGCCCCUUGGGAAAGGGCAGGAUGGGCAAGUCCAAACUGCAGAGUAACCAGGAGGAGACCCUGUGCUUAACCAAGCCCAGAGGUGUCCUGUCAAUGCUGAGCAAGUGUGGGAGGGUUUUUCUGUGCAGUUGGGUUGUUGGUUUGUAUUUUUUUUUUUUUUUUGCAUUUAAACAAGAUGCAACCUGAAACCCUCUGACAAGUUUUGGCCUGAGCUCGGCAUGUGCUCUGUGCUGUUUUGCAGUCGAGGCACUGAAGUUGCCAAUUUCUCAUCAUUAACAUGAAGGGUGGGGAAAUCAAAACAGCCUGAGAUUUUUAUCUUGAUUUAACUAUCCCAGGAUUUUAUUUUUUUGUUGUUGUUGGUUUGUUGGGUUUUGUUUUGUUUUUUUGCAAUUUGUAAUUUCAUCUGAAGCUUUUACAGUUGAGGGCUGCUGAGGUAUUUACUUCUGCAUUUAGGAAUUCCAAGCUUUGUAGUGAUGCUUCUUCUGUUCAAAUUGGACAGUUAAAACCAUUUUUUGUGGGCUUCUUGCUAAGAACAGACUUGGACAACAUGACAUUAAAUGAUAACCCUGUCCUGUAACUCCAACCAGGAAGCAGAUCCUGCACCCCAGCGAGCUCGAGUAGUUGUGACUGAAUGUUGUGGUGUUAUGAGAGGUUUUGAUUAUUUUAUCAAUUUUUUUCCUUAUUCCUGAAGCUUUUUUUUUUUCUUGUAAUAAUACCAGAAGACUGUUUUACUUGAAGCUCUUCAUGUUAGAGCCACGUGUCCUUCUCUACCAAUCAGGAUUCUGGUUAAUAUUCCUUUUAAUGAGUGUUUUUAGAAGGGAAAGUUGGGAAAUACUACCCUGUAGUUUGAUGAGGGGAGGUCUUUUUUUGGCUUUUGAGUGGAUAAGGAGAGAUUCAAACUUGAGGAACAGUCCUGAGGAAUGUAAAGGCUUGGGAAAUGCUGGGUUUGGUUUCAGCAGCACAUGGUUGGACUGUGGAGUGGCUGUGGAGCUUCCAGGGAGAUAAAAGGGAUCUGAGCUUCCUGUCCUUGUCUACCUGGUGUUCAAGUUCUAACCAGCAGGGACAGGUCACAGUUAAGUUUCUCCUGACAUGGUCUAGGGAAUAUUUGGAGGCCUGUGAGCUGGGGCAGGGAGGAGAUGGGGUGGUAGGUGACAAAUUGUGCUUCUUGCAGUCCCCACUGAUAUAGAGACAAUCUUGUACCUUUUGCUGUGACAGGACUCUUGCAAGCCAACCAGCUAUUUAUUUAACUCUUAUCUAACUUAUAAUUUUGUCAUCAGAACACUGAUAUUUUUAAUAGAAAUGUACUCUAUGGAAGUUUGUUCUCAGGGCUUCGUAUUUAUACUCUUUUUAGGGGGGAUGCAUUUAAAGGGAUGUAUUUGGAGAAAAAAAAAAGGCCAGUGGCUACUUCAGCUUGGACCUUGAUUGUCCUGACCUGUGAGCCCGAGCUUGUGGAACUCCUGCUAACCCCCAGCCCCUGGUCCAGUCCAAAGAAUCUGCCAUUCCUUCUCUCCCUGUGAGCAGUGGCAUGAGUCUUCCUUUAGGAUUGCUGCCUCACUCCCUGGACACGAUCCCCCGGGAUAACCCAGCUGCUUCCCGGCUCGCUGCCCUUCGCUCCAUCUCAAGGACGUUUCUGUUCUCCGUGCAGCUGGAAAAUUGCCUUGCAUGGUUCCUAAAGCAGCCAGCAGUGCAUCCCUCCUCUGGGAAGGUGCGAGGUUCCCUCCUGCACAAGCUCCAAGACCUGCAGCUCGUGGCUUCCCUUGGCUCCUCGCAGCCUCUGUCACAGACGUGUCCCAAACCUUGACCCCCCCUCUCCCCCCAUUUCUUUCCUCGCUCUCCUGGAACCAAACUUGUCUUUUGGAGAUUGAUCUUCAUAUCCGAGCAACACUUUAGUGGUUAUUGAAAUCCUUUUUUUUUAGUUAGGACUGUUAAAAUGAAUUUUUUUAGGCAUUGUGAUUCGUGGGCUGAGGAUCUUUUAAUAUAUUUUGGAAGUUGUUGAAGUCAGCAUCGCACCAAACGAAUGUACAGCGACACUGUCAGCAGAUCUUGCCUGGGGGAGGGACACAGAGGUUACCUGUGAUCCCUGCUCCAGGGGCAAUUUUCCCAAAGUCUUGUGCAUAGGACAGUGAGUGUUUCAUCCAAAGUAACCGCCCUGUUUUUCUACUUUUAAUAAUAAAUAACAUUUUUAUUAACUCGCAGAACAGCGGCGCUUCCAUCCGACUGUGAGUCCCUGAGCUUUGAGGUUUGGGAUACUCCUGUAUCCUCCUCCCUGGGACAGUUGGGAGGGAUUUAUGCUGGCUGGUGUAGGGCAGUGGGUGCAACCCCCACCUCCCUGCAGAGGAAAUCAUGUCCACGUGAAUGUGCUCUCCUGGUGGUCGUUCUCACCUCCAUCCCGACGUCUGGGUGUAGCAAAAGGGGUUUUUUCAGGACCUCUUGCCCUAGAUUUGAAGAUCUCCAAUGCAGACCCUGUUUGCAGCGUGUGUGAACUUCAAUAAAUGUAAAUGCAUUCAAUUCUUACCGAAUUUGGGUAUAGUUUUAUAUCGUGCUCCGGGGAGAGGGAGGAAAUUGGAUCACGUUUUAAGCGAAGCCCCACAAGCCCAAGUGUCUUUGUUGCAGCAGGUAACAGAGGCCUGGAGAGAUUUUAUUCUGGUUUUUUUUUUAAUUUGCAUAUUUUUAUCAUGGCUUAACGAACUGUCCACGAAUGUGAUUUGCUACCCAAGCACUUCCCACGAGGCAGCACCGGUGAAUCGAUAUCGCAAAGGUACUGACGUCACGUUUCUUCUCCUGUCACCUGUGUAUCCAAUAAUUAGGUACCACGUAGGAUAACUUUGAUCUGGCACUGCCAGCAGUGUGUGGCAUGCACAGCUCUUCCUAAGGCGUAAUGUUACUUUCCUGAAGCUUAACUAGGGCGGAUGAGCCUGUGGAAUUUCGGGAUUCAUUCUGGCCACGCUCCCCGCGGGUCGCCGACCUCUCCCCGAGUGGGGAAAAAAACCAGCAGGAUUUGCUCCCUCCAGGCAAAAAAAAAAACCAAAAAAGCAAAGGAAUACUGCUAAUUUGUGAUGGUUUUAAGCAGUUGCUGUUGUCUGCUGAAAUGUAUUCCUGGAAAUUAGGGAGGUGUUGGCCAAGCCAGGCCUGUCCAGGCUGGCAUUAUUGAGUGUGGAGGUGUCAGACCCACGGCCAGGGCUGGAAUGAAUCCCGAGGCUUAAACCUGCUCACACAUACACACCGAGACACUGAUGUCAUGUGUGUUGUACAUUUAUAAUAUAUCAUAAAAAUAAAGUUUUUUGAUUUAUUACAA